UACAGGCUCUUGGGCGCUAAACGACUCUUCCGCUCCUUCUUCUUUUCUUUGUCCAAGCUGCAGCAAUGCCAGACGUUGCAGCCUCUCGCAAGUUCAUCGAUCUCAUUCGUCAGGCCUCGUCUAAGUGGGCUAAUUGGGACCCGCCAAUUGAGAUCAAGGUGGGGACUAUGGGAAGAUCGACAAUGAAACUGGAGAGCUCGACGUGGAAGGGAAUAUCUACGAGAAAAUCAUUCCAGACGUCACUGGACAAGCAAGGCUUGAAGAUCAAUCUAUCUGAUUCAUCAUGUCAGCCACAGAAGGGUGGACUCGACGACAACAUGAUUAUGUCCUCUUCGGGUGUCAAACAAGGGGAUUUCUCGGCGAAGCCAGAAGUCUCCCUUCUCAACCUGGCCUCUGCUUCCGUCAAGGCCGAAUUUCAGUUUCAAGAAGGCAAGCGAGGUGCUGUCCUCGUAAUGCACAAGCCUCAGCAGGAAUAUAUUCCAAGGGGCAAGGUGCUGACACUUGUCCACAAGGCAAUAGAGCUGCAUGACAAGUAUCUCGUCACCAGCACAUUCAAGUGCCCAGGAUAUUAUAUCUAUUUGUCUAACAAGUCCGGAGAGAGGAUAGCACUGGCGCUAACUGCUAGUGUACCGAUUGCAGCUGCGGCAGGCGUAACUGCCGGCGGAUCAGCCUCCGUGGAUUGGUGGACUGAUGCUCAAGCAGCAUUCCUCCGAAAAGCAGUUGACAAGGCUGGGCAGUACCGCUACACGCCACUGUACACCCUGAAGCACAGACAAAAUUCUUUGCUAGCCCGACUUUUCCGCGGGGAAGAGUCAGAGGAAACAGAAGACGAUUUGUGGUCUGACUGUGCGACACCAUGGCAGCCUCUUGAUGAAGAUGGAAUGGAAGAUCCAACGUGGGAAGAAGUACGUUAGGUUUUGCUCACUCCUUCUAAUGAUUUGGUUCACGCUUUAUCUUUCAGGACGAUGAAGAAUUUGGUCCCCGGUCUGCAGUGGAGGGCGAUCUUCCAUUUGCAGGAGCAUGAUACGUGACAUUUGUCUAUGUUUUGGUUUGCGUUUGUCCGUUGCAUGACCGAUUUGUGUUUGUGUUUGUCCAUUGACGUUGAAUAAUCGAUUUAUUUCUGGAUUGCGCUGGCUGUAUACGUGUCUGUAUGAUAUCCCUGUCACAUCUAUAUGCAUGCAAUACAUUCUACUAUUCUCACCAA